AGCGUCGACGUGCCCCUCAGUUAGGAGCGGACCGUCUUCCCGUGUCGCCGACGCUCGGUACGUCGCGCGCGCUUGCGCUCCUCCACACUUUUUUUCACGCUCGAAUCCACGUUGAUCGGUGUCAUCUCCGAGUGAUGCUCGCGGUUCAGUGAUCGAGCCACGGACAGACGGACAGUGAGAUCGUAAACAGUGAGAGUUAUCGCAGUGCAACCGAUCGUCUCCGCGACCUGCUCCGGAGAGGACAGAAGAGGUCUUUCCUCGCAGGACAUUCCAGGAUCCAGGGGCACAGAGGGAGAUAAUACGCGCACGAGACGCUCUCGCGCCUAUAAUUUCCCCCGGCGAAUUCCAGGCAGUGUGUGUGUGCGCCGCAGAGUGCGGCCGCUGACUCUGGGAAAGGUGCGCUGGCGCAGCGGAGAACCGGAGGGAAAGACACACCGCUCGACCGGUAUAUGCUCGCGACUCGAGGCCGCCGCUGUAGAGCCGCGGAGAAGGAGGAAGCCCUUACAUAGCUGGCGCUCGAGAGAAGAGAGGAGAAAGAAAGAGAGAGAGAGAGAGAGUGAGUGGGGAGGAAGACUGGCAGAGCCGUGGAUCGGGCUGGCAGUCGCCGCUGGAUGCCAAGCGAGUACCAGGCGGCCAUAAUGCUCCGCGGUACCAGCGAGCUGCGCGAUCGUUCCCCUCCCGGUGAACAGUGACCCGCGAGACGCGAGACUCCCGGUGAAGUGGUCCAGCUGUCGCCGCCAGUGCGAAAUUCCGAGCUCGCGCGCGCGCGAGAAAGUACCACAGCUGGACUCGAGACGGACCGCGACCGAUCUCGCGAAGCUGAGAGCGGCAGAGAGAGAGAGAGAGGGAGAGAGAGAGAGAGAGAGAGAGAGAGGAGGAUAUGCUGCGACGCUGUUCCGUUGCGAGGCAGCUCCGUCGGCCCGGUCUGGGCUAGCCGAAGCGCGCUCCUGGACGAUCGGAAGGUGAAAGGAGCCCGCAGCUGCAUCUCCCGCCGCGAGUUGCGCUCGUCCCGUCGCGCCGAACAGGAGGAGAGAGAGAGAGAGAGAGAGAGGGAGAGAGAGAGAGAGAGAGAGAGAGAGAGAGAGAGAAGAGAGAAGAGAGAGAGGAGCCUAGUGUGAACGACCUCGAGCCGAGAUGAGGGGCUCGAGUCAGGAGUCCUCGACUCCGUACUGCCGCUGCCGGGUGCUCUACCUCGGCAGCUCGGUGCCCCACGCCAGCAAGGAGGGCCUGCUCGGCGUGCAGGAGCCGCUGCGCGAGCUCUACCCCGAACAGGGCGCGCUCGGCGCCCGGGGCAUCGACUCCUGGCUGAGCGUCUGGAGCAACGGCCUGCUGCUGGAGAACGUCGACGAGCACCGCAAGAAGGUCACGCGCUUCUUCCCCAUCGAGGCGCUGCACUACUGCGCGGCCGUGCGCCACGUGAAGGCCGGCAACAGUGCCGACUCCCAGGCCACGCGCUUCUUCCCCCUGGACUCGCCGUUCGCCCGCACGCCCAGCGCCAACCACCCGCCGCUCUUUGCCGCGGUGCUGCGCCGCACCACCGGCAUCAAGGUCCUCGAGUGCCACGCCUUCAUCUGCAAGCGCGACAUGGCCGCGAACGCGCUGGUGCGCUGCUGCUUCCACGCCUACGCCGACAGCCGCUUCGCCAAAGGCCUCGAGCCCAACGGCACCAACGGCGCCGCCGUCAGCAACGGCCAGGCCACCCCGACCAACGGGCACUCCUCGUCCAACGGCCUCUACCACACCCUCGGCGGCUCGAGCACCACCCUCGCGGAGAACAACGGCAGCGGCGGCUCGCCCACCUCGGCCAAGCUCGACACCGCCUCCAACGACGACGGCAGCAGCCUCUACAACGGCGACGAGAACCACAAGGUCUGGGCGCGCGGCCGCGACGAGAUCGACGGCCUCUACCAGGAGCAGGGCACGCUGCGCAGCACCAAGGGCUCGAGGCCCCGGCAGCUGAUCGCCCCGCCGCCGCCGCCACCCCCGCCGCCCCAACAGCCGCUCAUGCACGACGAGUCCAACUCGUCCUCGAGCCGCAAGAAGGCCAGCAAGAAGCUCAAGAAGCUGAAGAACCGCUCGCUGCAGGACGAACAGCAGCACCACUUCGCCCAGCAGCUGCAGAUGCAGCAGGCGGCCAUGUACACGAACGGUCACGGGCACCACACCCUCGGGCACCCGAUCCGGCAGCCGCCGCCCCACGGGUACCACCCCAUGGCCCCGGGCAGCCGCUCGGUCGCGGGCACCUUGGCGCGGCCCGGCCCAGUCCUCCUGGUCCCGGCGGCGACGCUGCCCCGCAAGGCCCACCACCACCCGGCCCGCGGCAUCAGGCCCAUUCCCGCCGCGGCCCCGAUCGUGCCGAUCUACGCGCCGCUGCCGGUGGUGCCGCCGCCCCCUGCGGGCAUGUACCCCGGGGGCUACGGGACGACGGGCAACCGCGGCCGGCGCCACCACCCCGACGCCAUGGACUCGUCCACCUUGGGCCUGCAGCAGCGUCGCAUGGCCGCCUCGCACGCGGACCUGAGCGUGCCCCCACCGCCCCCGCAGCAAGAGCGCUCCGGCAACGACAGCCCCGACAACGAGUCGCGCUUCGGCACCGGCAUCUACCGGCGCAAGGGCCACCUCAACGAACGCGCCUUCUCGUACAGCAUCCGCGCGGAGCACCGCAGCCGGAGCCACGGCAGCCUGGCCUCGCUGGGCUUCGCCGGCCAGAACGGCCUGCCGCCCAAGGAGGAGAAGAAGGACCGGGAGAUCGCCCAGAUGGUCGCGGGACUGAGCCUCGACGACGGGUCGACCCUCAUGCUGGACCCCCGCAUCCUGAAGAACGGCAAUGGAGCGGCCAUGGCCAUCUACGGACAGCACCCCCAGCCGCUGCCCAGGCCCAGACCGCGCUAACCGACGACGAGUGUUACCGAUUUUGCGAUCCCCAGUAGGCCCGAGAUCGGCUCCGGCUGGCAUCGCUCUUGAUCCGCGCACCCGAGGUUUUUUGCUCGCCAGGCCGAAUCGAGAAAAUCGCCGGAGGUACAAAGCGGGAUUGCGCCAUUAGGCGAGAUCGGCGAAGAGGCUCGCUUUGCAUAUCGCGCGCGCGGCCGUUCUCCACCUAUCGCGACCGGUUUUUUGCGGCCUUUUUCGUCGCUUUGCCCCUCCCUGUCGUCUAUCCGCGAGGUAAAAGUUUAUGCAAACACACACAGCAGCGGCGCAUAAUCGAUCGGCCGACGACGAGGAAGCACAUAGCCUCGCGCGCGAGAGCGUGUGCAGGCCUUUACGAAACGUUAGGCUAACGGUGCUUUUUUACGGCGCGCGCGGAGCCUUUUUAUAGAUCCGUCGCGCGAGUCACGACUGUUUUAGCUAGCGCCUUUUUUCGACCCCCUUUCGACACCGCGCCGGCUGCGACUGGAAAAAUCGCGCAUUCCUCUACGCGCGCGCGCGCCGAGAUAUCUGGACUGUUGGCCGUUUCUUCGAUAUGUGCAGCAGCAGCUUGUGGGAUACUUACUAUACACUGGUCACGAUGCGUUGUUGUGCUCGCUUUUGUUUUCGUGCCCCAGUCGGCGAGGGAGUGAGGUAAAAAUUAAAUGGAACAGCUGAUCGGGCUGAUGAUUUUUUCGAGAUGCAUCGAUAACGGCCUACUCAAUUCGAGCCAGAGGAAUUUAUUCGUCUCUAUGGGCAGGCAAGUGCACUUCAAGGAGUUGUAGAGUUAGGAACAUUUUUCUCUCAUCUUCAAAAUUUCAUUAUCCAGAAUAGAAAAAAGAGCCGCCGAUCCGAAAGAAUUUCAGCUGCGGGCAAAAACAGUUACAGCAAUUACACGCGAGUAUUUACAUAACGGCAUUCACGAGCUGUGUACACACGUCAUUAACAAAAAAAUUUCAUAGUGAAAUAACGCCUGCAGCCUAAUCGGUUCCUGCUCCACACGCGCAGCCCAUACGAAAUAGAUCCUUACGCGCGUAAUUACACUCCCGAAAGAGCCAGCCGGAGGUGAUCUCGAUUUAUCGAGAGGGCUAUUUUCCAAAAGCAAGUUCAUAACACAAUUACACACACGCGGAAAUGUAAAAGUAUGCGUUGCGGAAAUAAAGUAGAAAUAGAGAAACCAUGGACUGAGAGAUAGAGGAGCAGCGGCAGUUAGCGGAGGAUGCGCAAAAAACGGCUCUCUGCUCUGCUCUCGCGAGAGUCGGAGAAACAGGAACGAUAGAAAGUGCGCGCGCGCCAUUCGCCCAGGUUCCUAAUGCACGAGCUAUGCGCGUCAGCGGAGAGAAAGACACGAGGAAGUACGGAGAAAGAGCUCGCGCGACGAAUUUACAACGCUGUCUCGCGAAAAGUAUCUUCGAGACACACACAUAUAAUUCGAAUACCUAUGUAUGCUCGAACUGCUGCGCGAGAUCGAGUCGUCGCAUUGUGAAAGAGAGAAAGGUUCGACUGGCGCGGUGUCCUUUCGCGGGGGCAACGUCUCGGAUGGUUCGAUGCGCCUCGACGAUCCCGAUAGUGUGAAAUUCGUUCGUUCGUCGAUGCAUACAGUGUGUACAGGGAUCCUCGAUUACGUGGCGCAAUGUAUAGCGGUGUGUAUCUCUGCGGUGUGUUUACAUCGCGGCCGAUAUACCGUGUUACACCGAGAGUAUCUUGUUUUCCACUUCACCCGUUUGUGCAACCACGACGAGGACGACGGUGUUGAGAACCGAAGGAACACGUUGUUGAGAAAAAAAGGAGUAAUCAGGCAUAUUAUUCAAAGAAAGUGAACGUCGCGCGUAACGAGCGACUGUUCGAAGGUCGGACUUUCAUGUGACCAAAUCGUAUAAAUGCGGGCCGCAGCUGUGUAAACCUCGUUCCAUCGGUUCUCAGAUCGACGAUUUACUUUACGCUAUACUUUUCGGCGUCUCGAUAAAGGCAGUCAAUGUGUGCCAGAAAAUAUCUAUGUUACAUCUACGCAUCGCAUAACAAAGUGCGGAUGAAGUCGCGUGUGAGCGAGCGCGUUUCGCAAUUAAUUAUUGUAAAGGCAUACGCGCGCCAGUAUGAUUUUUCAGCGCGUUACAUGCGCCGACCUUUACCGAGAGCGAAAAGAGACAAAAAAUGUGUAAAUUAUCGUAGACUGUAUGAGGAGGUCGAUGGAUAUUUUUAUAUUGCGAAAGGCGGUAAGCAAUAAACCUAUAGCUCUGCGUCGUUUAUUGCUUUGGCGAACACAGUGGCGCGUGUUUUGGCAUCUCGGGUAAAUCAUAAAUCCGAGAAAGCUUGAGGACGAACGAAAAUUGUACGAUUUAUGUAAAUGGCAUAAACUUUACAAUUUUUCUUUAUUUCUGCGUUUUCCCCCGCGUAUACGCGCAGGACAAUUUUACGCCGCCGCGUCCAUUAUAAAUCCCGCGCAAGGCCAUAUAUUACACGAUUUUUCUCUCCUGCGAGCGCGUAGUCUCUCCCGAUCGUGUUUCGCUUUAAGUAUACGCGCACACGUACACGUACACGUACACACACACACACCUGCGCGGCGCCGCGUACACUGACUUCUGUCCUUUUCUCCCCGCGCAUGUGCUCGUUAGAAAGGAGUCGCAGAAGUGCCUACUCGUAUAUACAUGCGCAUUUUAUAUACACGUAUGUAACGCAUACCAACUCGUCGACAGAGCGUCGAAUCGGCUUUCGAAUUGCGCGCGAGUUUGCGAAGACAAACUUAUAAAUAUAUGUAACACAUUGAGAGAAAGAGGGAUGAUUGUGAAGAUGGAUAAAAAUGAAGUGAAACAUAUACGCAACCAGGAAUGUGCCAUUCGGAGUAUUCGCGAAGAAUAUAGACUCAGUUAUAAUUUAGGAUGUAUAAGCGAAUUGCAGAGGAUGUAUUUUUCAUUGAGUGAAAGGAAUGUAGACUGCGUUUUGUAUCUUGUUCUUGAUGUUAUUAUUUUUUUUCCUCUUUUGUGUAGCCGAAAACGUUGCAUUUAGAUUUUCUCGUUAAAAGAUGCAACCAAAACGCAGUAUGUGGUAUGUCGAAUGUAUACCUUCGAAAAUCCAUGUUUUACAUUAAAUGUGUCAUUCCCGUUCCGUUCGUUCUGCGAUGGGACUCGAUAUCCACGGAGAAUAACCGAUUCAAAUAUAUAAUACUCUGUAGAAUACCAAUGAUUUAUUUUUAACGAAAACGUUGUAUCUGUAUACUCACAAUGCUUACGUAAGUUUACGAUGGAAAAUCGUCAUCGCAGAACGAAUGGAACCGAUCGACGAUAUUGUUUUAUACGCUUAUAAAAAACGAAUGGAAGUUUUGGUUGCAUCAGCUAUAUAGAUUUUCGUUAGAUUAACAAAACUGUAUUUGCAAUAUAGAAAUUAUACGAAUAGUUGUUAUUCCUUGGCAAUGAAAAAUAUCUUAUAACGCGAAAUCCUUGUCACAUGCAAGGGCGAGACAUCGACGAGUCGAUUUUUCUCGUUUGUACAAUUUUUUCGAAGCUUUUCCGUCGUUGUUCUUCGCGUAUACAGCUCAUACAGUCGUGCGGAAGAAUAGUCGGCGUAUAUCACGCGGCUCUGACUAAUUGUCGUGUUAACGAUUGUAGUGCGACUGAUGUCUUGCGCCGUUCGCAUAAUACGAAAAGACACGGGAAAAAGCAAAACCGCAUACAAGUGCCUUCCUCGUUCCUCGCAUGUGCAAGGGAGAGAAGCAAGUGUAUAUUAUACAAUGUUACAAAUAUAAAUAUGAAUAUAAAUGAUUAUAUAUAUAUACAUAAUGAAUAUACGUAGCUCUGUCGUGUCAAAAGAUUAAUGCAAAGGCGAUUCAUACAUGUGAAUAUAUAUUGUAAAGGUCUUUGUGCAAGCAAUAAAUACGAUAUGUACAUAAAGAAGUAAU